UCACCCACCUCUCCCACAAUGUCCGCCCCGCCCUCCGACCCCCUGCCCCUCACCGCGCCCGGCAUCACCGUCUCCCUCACCCACUCCCCGCUCAACCCCCUCACGCCCCUCACCUUCGUCAAAUCCCCCAAAGCCGGCGCCGUCGUCCUCUUCGCCGGCACUACCCGUGACUCCUUCGACGCCCGCCCCGUCGCCACCCUCGCCUACGAGUCCUACGCCCCCCUCGCCCUCACCACCCUCCUCUCUAUCGCCACUGCGCUGAAAGCCAAGCACGGCCUCCUCGGCGUCGCAAUCGUGCAUCGACUGGGCGAGGUGCCGGUGGGCGAGGAGAGCAUACUGAUUGCGGUGAGUGCGCCGCAUCGGCAAGCGGCGUGGCGCGCGGGCGAGGAGGCGCUGGAGGAGACGAAGAGGCGGGCGGAGAUUUGGAAGUUGGAGAGGUUUGUUGGGGGGGAGGGGGUGUGGAGGGCGAAUCGGGAUGGGGUUAUGGGGGUGAAGGUGGAGGAAAGGAAGGAGGAGCGAGGGGCAUAAAUGAGUGUUUUCGAUGGGGGAUUGAAGCUGUUUGGGAUACGUUUGGUGAAGGGAUGGGCUGGGGCUAUGAAAUCACGGAAUAGGCGUGGUAUGGUGUAAUAGUAUGCACGAAGUCAAGAACGGCGCGCUCGGGAUUGAAGGCAUUCACCUUAAUUCUUGUGAUCUUGGAAGCUGCGUUGCUGUUGUAUAGAAGGAAUUUCAUCUCAAGCUUCAAAUAUAGCA